UUGUAACCUUAGGGUUUGCAGAUAAGGGAAGAAGCGUGUGGCAACGGAAGAGCUCGAUGUCUCCAACGGCGAAGGUAGACAGCGAUGAGCUCCGUCGACUCAAAGAUGUUAACAUGGACGAAGCUCCGGCUCGCCGUCAUGUUCGCGAUUCCUUGAAAGAAACUCAGCUUAACCUCGAUCAUAUCCUCUUCAAGACACCAGGAAAUGGAAUUAAGACAAAGGAGUCUUAUGAGGUGAAUUCAAGAGGAGUUGAGAUCUUCUCAAAAAGCUGGCUUCCUGAAGCUACUAGGCCCAGAGCUUUGGUCUGUUUCUGCCAUGGUUAUGGAGAUACUUGCACCUUUUUCUUCGAAGGGAUUGCAAGGAGAUUAGCAUUGUCUGGAUAUGGAGUUUUCGCUAUGGAUUAUCCUGGAUUUGGUUUAUCGGAAGGCUUGCACGGCUACAUUCCUAGCUUUGAUCUUCUUGUUGAAGAUGUCAUUGAGCAUUACUCCAACAUCAAAGAGAGUCCUGAGUUUAGUUCUCUACCGAGUUUUCUCUUUGGACAGUCAAUGGGUGGAGCAGUGUCGCUCAAAAUACAUUUCAAACAACCAAAUGCUUGGACCGGUGCAGUCUUGGUAGCACCAAUGUGCAAAAUUGCAGAUGAUAUGGUUCCACCACCGGUAUUGAAACAGAUUUUGAUCGGUUUAGCUAAUGUUCUACCGAAACACAAGCUGGUUCCACAAAAGGAUUUAGCAGAAGCAAGUUUUAGAGAUCUAAGGAAGAGAAAAAUGACACCAUACAAUGUCAUUUGUUACAGUGACAAACCGCGUCUACGGACAGCUGUAGAGAUGCUUCAUACUACUCAGGAGAUUGAGCAACAGUUGGAAAAGGUGUGUUUGCCAAUACUGAUACUACACGGAAAGGCUGAUAGAGUGACAGACCUAUCAGUGAGCAGAGAGCUUUACCAGAAAGCCAAAAGUUCAGACAAGAAGAUAGUUGUGUAUAAAGAUGCUUAUCAUUCUCUGCUUGAAGGCGAACCAGACGAAAUGAUCCUCCGUGUCUUGUCUGAUAUUAUCUCCUGGCUUGACGACCAUAGCUUGCAAGUUGAGGAUGGAUCAUAAAGUUACUUUACUGUGUAGAUUCUGCUCAUUUGAGUUUGGUUACAUUUUGUAGGUGAAAAAGUAUACUUCAUUUCAUUGGAUUAACAAAUAAAAAGUGGUCAUUUAUUUGCGAUACUUGUUAGAGGAGCAAAGAAUAAUUUAACAGAG